AUGGCAAACGAAAACAUCAAAAAUUUAACCAAAGACUUCGUUAUCGUUUGGUUAGAUAGUUAUAUUGAAAAUAACAGAGCCAAUAAAGAUACAAAGGCACUUAUACGACAAUUAGUUAGAGGUAAUUUAUUAACAUAUGAUAAUCCAGAUAAAUGUAUUGAUGAUAUAACUGACGAACUAACAAAAAAACGGGUAUUUCUUAUUGUUUCUAAUGCAUUAGGUGCAAAUGUUGUACCACAUAUACAUGAAUUACCAUAUAUACAAUCGAUAUACAUAUUUUGUGGUGAUCAAAAAAAAGCUGAAGCAUGGACUAAGCCAUAUUCAAAAAUCGCUGGUAUAUUCACAAAAAAACAUCCAUUAUUACAUAAAAUUAGUAAUGAUAUUGGUGUGUAUGAUACAGAUGAAGAUUUACCAAUGAGUAUAUUUCAUCUUACGGAACAAGAAAAUUCAUUACAACAAUUAACUAAAGAAAGUGCAACAUUUAUGUGGUAUCGAUCAAUAUUGAUGGUUCUUCAAUUAAUGGCAAAAUAUGGUAAUUCAAAAGAUGAAAUGAUUACUGAAUGUCGAACAAUUUAUCAUAAUGAUAAAAUUGAACAAAAGAAAAUAAAUGAUUUUGAACAAAAUUACUGUCCAACGAAAGUAUGUUGGUGGUAUACGAAAGAUAGUUUUGUAUAUCGAUUAUUAAAUAGAGCUUUACGAACACAAAAUACUGAAAUUAUAUUUAAAUUUCGUUUUUUCAUCAAUGAUCUUUAUAAUCAAAUUGAGCAACUUUACCAUCAACAUUUAAAGACUCAUUCUUCUAUUAGUGAUCGUCGUCAGUUAACAGUCUAUCGUGGUCAACAUUUAAGUAUGACAGAACUUGAUCUAUUUAAAAAUAAUAUAAAUGAACUUAUUUCAAUGAAUAGUUUUUUAAGUGCUACAGUUAAUCAAGCAGUAGCUGAAAUUUUUGCAGAUACAAAUAAUCAAUUGAAUAAAUCAUCACCAAAACAAUCUGUUCUUUUCACAAUUGACAUUCGUAAUAUGAGUAAAGAAACGACACCAUUUGCAUUUAUACAAAAUUAUUCGUGUUGUCCAGGUGAAGAAGAAGUACUUUUUUCGAUAGGUGCUAUUUUUAAAGUUCAAUCAGUUGAACAACGUGCCAACAUGUGGUAUGUCGAUUUACAAUUAAGUAAAGAACAAAAUGAAAUUAGUCAAAAUCUUUCGAAUCAUAUGAUGAAACAAAUUGGAUCAGAACCAGAUCCAUUAUUAUUUGGUUGGUUUCUUUUUCGAAUGAAUAAAUUUGAUGAAGCUGAACGCUAUGCAAAAUAUAUGCUUACACAACUUCCAUCAAAUGAUAAAGCAAUUGGAAAUGCUUACAAUUUACUUGGUCUUAUCUAUAAAGAUACUCAUCAGCUAGAGCAAUCUGUUGAAUGUUAUGAAAAAGCUCUUGAAAUUUAUUCUAAAUUGAGCUGUCACAAUAGUCCUCAAAUUAUUGCUACUCAUUGUAAUCUUGGUUUAGUUCAUUUGGAAUUAGGAGAUACUCGAAAUGCAGAAGAACAACAAAUACAAGCCGAAGAUAAGUUGCGCAAUUCCUUACAAUCAAAGAAUACAUUACUCAUAGCUACAGUGGAGAGUCUCAAAGCGAAAAUUCAAACAGAAUAUGGUGAUAAUACAAAUGCUUUGAAAAAUCUUGAACAGGCUUUAAAGAGCAAACUGGAACGAUUACCAUCAGGCUCUCCUUCAAUAGCGUCAACAUUAAAUGCUAUAGGUAUUGUACAUGAAAAAAUGAACAAUAAUGUAAAAGCACUUGAAUAUUUUCAACAAGCAUUGGAAAUCGGUAACAAAAGUUUACCACCUGAUCACUUGGAUUUAGUUGAUUAUCAUAUAAAUAUUGGUUGUAUUUAUGAUAAACAAAAACAAUUUAAAUUUGCUUUGAAACAAUUUGAAUUAGCACUAAAAAUUAUGAACGAUUUUCCGAGAGAAGAAAAUGAUAGGAUCGACAAACUAGAAACAUAUAUCGCUGAUACAAGAAAGAAGUUAUACCAGUUAUAA